AUGGAAACCGCGACUAUGGAGCCUGUGGACGCGACGGUCUCGCCAGUUUUUCUCGCUUGGAAGAAAAACGCACCGUAUAUAUACAAGACGCUCAUAACGGCAACGCUGCCGUGGCCCUCACCGACGGUGCAGUGGCUCCCAGACGUCACGUCGGGACCUGACCACCAGGUUUCCCAGAACUUGUUGUUGGGCACACGCACAGUGGGACAAAUGCCUGAAUAUCUCCGCUGUGCCCGGGUUACUUUUUCUGAGCAGCCGUUCAAUUUGCUUGAAAAUUACAACCCGGAGCUCAAAACAGUCGGGGGGUAUAUGCCUCAGCGGUCGGCGGACGUUAAGGUAUUUCAACGAAUUGAUCACUCUGGAGAGGUCAAUAGGGCUCGGUAUAUGCCCCAAAACCAGAAUCUGAUUGCUACGAUUUCAUCGACCGGCCAGGCUGCCGUCUAUGAUUUAACGCACUUUCCAAAUAACCCGUGCGGGAUCUGUAAACCUGACAUUGAGCUGCAAGCCCACACUUCCGAGGGCUUCGGUCUCGAUUGGAGCACAACUCACGAGUCUUUCUUAAUUACGGGUGCCAACGAUGGCAAAGUCGCGGCAUGGGACAUUCGAAAGUACAACUCGUCCACAGGGAAACUCGACUCUAUCACACUCUACGAACAUCCAACCGCGGUCAACUCGGUUGUUUUCCAUCCUCAUCAAUCGCAUAUGGCAGUGUUCGCCGCUGACGACGUUGUAGGGUUGCGUGAUUGGCGCGGAGAAGAGUCGCUGGCCACGUUUGGGUCCGGCGGGCUUGCCGUUGCCUGCCAUCCCGUAAACCAAAACCUCGUUUCAGUCGGGACUGGCACGGGCGAGAUUGAGUUAUGGGACAUUCGUAAUUCGGGGGCCAUGAUUCAUAAACUAACCGGCCACACCGAUGCGGUCGUCGCGUUAAGCUGGCACCCUUCGCGGUCGGCAGCUUUGCUGUCUGGAUCCCAAGACACAACAGCCAAAAUCUGGGACGUGUCAAAACUCGAAUGCUUCUUUUCUCAUAACGGCCAUACAGCGCCGGUCGCUGAUGUGGCUUGGAACCCCGCCCGGGAACUGAUCGCAUCGGUCGCCGACGACAACUCUCUGCAUCUAUGGUCGCCUGCACAAAACAAUCAAAAUUAA